AUGUUUCUAUCUUUUACCUCCCCCAUCUUCCCGCAACGCACGCCCACACAUAUACAUAUCGUGAGAUUGAACAGUAGAGAGUCUCGCGUGCCAGCCAGCUGCCUGUUUUAUUUCUUCCUUUCUCUAUUUCCUUCCUUUUCUCUUUCUUUAUUCUUUCUUUCACUCUCUCUUUCAUUCCUUCUUUUUUCAUUCUUUCCCUUUUUUUUUUCUUUUAACCAUGGCCCCGUUCGUCUUAGUUUUGUCCUCCUCUUUAACUUUGUCUAUUACUUUGUUCAUUUUCUCGGAUUAAACACCACUUUCCGACUCUUCCUCUUUCUUCCCACUUAUUCUUAUUUCUUUCACAUAUUCCUUCUCUCGCCAACAGCAAUUCAUCCGUUCUAUUCUUACUUUAUUUUCUCACUCUUUUCCUCACACUUUCUAUCUCUCCGUCUCUUUAUCAGCGAAGUAUCUAUCUAUCUAUCUAUCUAUCUAUCUAUCUAUCUAUCUAUUAUCUAUCUAUCUAUCUAUCUAUCUAUCUGUCUGUCUGUCUGUUCCUAUCUAUCUAUCUAUCUAUCUAUCUAUCUAUCUCUCUCUCUCUCUCUCUCUAUAUAUAUAUAUAUAUAUAUAUAUAUAUAUAUAUAUAUAUCGCAGGCCAUUCACAUCUAA